AUGUCUCCGAACCUUCCAAGCGGCUCCUGCUUUGGACGGUCCGGAUCGCUCCUUAACUCUAAUCAACGGUCACGAUUUCGCGUCUUCUCACGUCACAGCAAGCGACCCGACGUCGGCAAGACCCCCCCUCCCCCCUCGUGCGCCAUCCUCCCUGAAACCGCAGCGGAAGCCGCCACGCUAGACUCCGACUCCCCCCGCGCUGCCGCGGUUGCGCGCGCUGUCGCCACAGCCGUCGAAACCGCCGACCGCGCCGCGCUUCCCAGCGGCGCAGAGCUAGCGGCGCAACUCCAGGCGCAGCCGGCGCAACAGGCGCAGCCUCCUCCGCUGAUGAAAGUUUCCCCCGAGUCCCUGACAUACCCGUCGGGGUACUUGGGGGGUUUCGGGGAUAACAACCCCUUACCAGUGGAUUCCAAGGGACACGUGGCGGCUGACGUGGCCGUAGAUAAGGACGCGUAUCUGAGGCAGAUUCUGAGAUCGCGGGUGUAUGACGUGGCGAUCGAGAGCGCGCUGGAGUUCGCGCCGAAGCUGAGCGAGAGGAUCGGCAACCGGGUGUUUCUGAAGCGGGAGGACACGCAGCCGGUAUUUUCGUUCAAGCUGCGAGGCGCCUACAACAUGAUGGCGCACCUGACGCCGCGGCAGCUCGCCAAGGGCGUCAUUUGCUCGUCCGCGGGCAACCACGCGCAGGGGGUGGCGCUCUCCGCCUCCAGGCUGCACUGCAGUGCCAUAAUAGCGAUGCCAGUGACAACACCAGAGAUCAAGUGGCGCGCAGUGCAGCGGCUGGGAGCGGAGGUGGUGCUGGUGGGGGACUCGUACGACGAGACACAGGCGUAUGCAAAGAAACGGGCUGAAGAGGAGGGGCGCGUCUUUAUCCCGCCAUUCGACCAUGAGUUGGUGAUAGCGGGGCAGGGCACGGUGGGCAUGGAGAUUCUCCGCCAGUGGAGCACGUGCGACCGCACAGGCGGCUGCGGGGGCGGCGCCGGCCAGUGGCGGUUCUUGGACUCUUCCUCGUCGGAGGAUGAACGGGAGGGGCAUGGGAGCAAUGGGAGCGCAAAUGGGGCUGUGAAUGGCUCAGCAGCAACAGCAGGAGCUGCAUCUGCAUUAUCGUCCUCCUCCUCCUCCUCCUUAUCAUCAUUAUCAGCAGCAGCAGCAGCCUCCCUACUAUCCAGCGAAUCUCCAGAGCAGAAGCAGAUAUCCCAAACAGCAGAUUUGGUUGCUACCUCCCACUCCUCUCCCUUCUUCCCGCCUCCCCCAACCCCCGUGAACAACCCACCAUCGUCACUGUCGUCAAUGCUAUCGCAAUCAGCACUAGCAGCAGCAGGGGAGGGCGAGGGGCUGUGCCACAUGGAUCCCUCGAGUCUGCACGCGGUGUUUGUACCGGUGGGGGGCGGUGGGUUGAUUGCCGGGAUUGCUGCUUACAUCAAGGCUCUGCAGCCAGAGGUGCGAGUGAUAGGGGUGGAGCCUGCUGACGCCAACGCCAUGGCACUCUCCCUCUACCACGGCCGCCGCGUGGAGCUCUCAUCUUGUGGGACAUUCGCAGACGGCGUGGCUGUCCGAAUGGUGGGGGAGGAGACCUUCCGUCUGUCUCAGCAACUCGUGGACGGCGUAGUCCUCGUGUCUCGGGAUGAGAUCUGUGCCGCCAUCAAGGACAUGUUCGAGGACACGCGCAGCAUCCUGGAACCGGCGGGGGCGCUGGCGCUGGCGGGGGCGAAGGCGUAUUGCCGGCAGUACGGGCUGAAGGGGGAGGGCGUGGUGGCGGUGACGAGUGGCGCCAACAUGAACUUUGACCGGCUCAGGCUGGUUUCGGAGUUAGCAGACUUGGGGGCGAGGAGAGAGGCGGUGCUAGCAACGACGCUGCCGGAGAUCCCCGGGGCGUUCAAGCAGUUUGCUAAGCUGGUGGGCGCCAGCAUGAACAUCACAGAGUUCAAGUACCGCUUCUGCUCCACUGAUGCUGCCCACGUGCUCUACAGUGUUGGAGUCCACACAGAAGAGGACUUACAAGCCAUGAUACUUCGUCUGGAGGAUGGAGACAUGCCAACAGUGGACAUGACAGACAACGAUCUGGCCAAGGACCAUCUGCGCCACCUUGUGGGCGGGCGCUCGUCCCUCCCCAACGAGAUCCUCUUCCGCUUCGUCUUCCCUGAGCGGCCCGGCGCGCUCGUCAAGUUCCUGGACCCCAUCAGUCCCCGCUGGAACAUCACGCUCUUCCACUACCGCCGCACCGGGGAGAUGAUCGCGCAUGUGCUGGUGGGGCUGCAGGUGAUGCCUCACGAAGAGGCGGAGUUCAGAGCAGUGGCGGAUGCUCUAGGGUAUGAGUACAGUGAUGAGAGGAACAACAAGGCACUGCGCAUCUUCAUGCAAUAG